GACCUCUGCCGUCACACUCACACCGAGCCCACUUACACACAUAAAAAUCGUGAAUAAUAAAAAAAUGUGUACACAUUUUUUUCGCUUAACCACCGCUUGCUUGUGUGCGCGCGGCCUCACGCGGCUAGAGCGAGAGGCAGCUAGGCAAGCGAGCAGUGCGGACGGAUCCCCACUCCGAUUUUUUAAGCUCCGCUGUCGAUGUUGGCGUCCGUGUGAUUUUUUUCAUUUGAUGUGUUAGUGUACCCCUCGUUCGGUGUAGUUCACUUUUUCUACUAUAGAUCUGAAUUUCAGUCUCGUUUUUGCCGCGUCGGUCUAAAGGCGUUUGAGCGGCUGUUUUGUAUUUAAUAUUUGUUGUCGUCGGAAGCAGCGUUGGCUCGAAGACGCCGGCUAGGAGCACAUGCUCGAUCCGUUCGUACUGCAAGCCGGUGCACGCGCAAAUCCGUGCGCGAGAGAAGGACAGCGCGAAUCACGUGUGGAUUUACCCACAUAUAAACCAAAUAAAAACACUAGCACACAAAAAUAUUGAGAGCGAAAAAAAUCUGGUAAUUUGGAUCCUAGUAACGACGCCCGACAUUCAUAAUUUUACUCCAGGGUCGGUCGGCACGCUCGUUUUUGUUGCCGGCCUUUUUAAAUGUUUAUUUUUCGGGAGCACGUGGAUUUUUAUAUAUAUUUUGGCGAUAACGCCGCGGACAGUUGCCUUACGUGUUGUGACAUUAGUGUUACCUGUAUUAUGUGAUAUUUAGUGACAUUUUAGAUAGGAACAAACUGUGAUUUAUUAUGGUGAUAUAGUUGGUGUUUUAAAGAUUUUUCGAUAGUGUGAGUUGUAAAACGGGAGAUCUCGAAUUAUUCCAUGACAAGCGAGAAUACCAAGAUAUUGAAACAGAAUAUAUUUAUAAGAUAGUGCCAAACCGUAGAUACCGAAUUUUUUAAGUACUUAGAUAGAAAUUUAUACAAGCCAAAAAGAUGAUGGAAGGAAGGACAAUCGAUUACAGGCCGGACGGUGGGGGCCUGGACUACCACAACUCGCCGCUAAUGGCAGAAAUACCUGUAGACAAUUACUCGCAUAUCCAUAGAAGUAUAGAACAUCUUAGAUCUAUAGGCGUGCCACCGCCAUUAGACACGCACAGGCAUCUUGCAGCGAACCUAACAGACUUACGGAGAUAUGAGCAUCCCGACGAUAUACCAGAAAUUAAGCCGUCCGUAUUAAGAUUAUCCGAAUUUAAAAAUGGUCUCCAAGACUUGAGAGGUCACAACGAUCAAGAGAACGACGUCCACAGACAGAUGACCCCGCACGACGAGGGCCCGAAGGGUUACAGCGCUCCAUCAACGCCUCUAUCGGAAAACGGAGGGCAGAGCCUUCAGGAGGAAAAGGUUAGAUGCUUAUUUACAAUUAGAUAAAUUAAUCAUUACAAUCCUUGAACGCUUCGGAAGUUUUCGUCUGCUUUGACGUCAUCUUUAAUAUUCGGCUUAGCAUUGUUCGUUAUUUUAAUCGUUGUGAAGAUCACGCAGCGAACGUGGUUCCGCGUACAGCGUUUUAUCAUCAGAUCAUACUCUUUAUUUCGGCAACGAAUUUGUUUAAUGUAUUCGUGCUGAGUACUUCCUUAUUCGACACUUAUUUCUAACUAGACAUUAUUAUACGGUGUAGGUACACUAUUCGAAUCGAUUUGAAUAUCCACUUUAUUUCGAGAGUACUCACGAGCAAUGUUAAAAUAUAAUUCAGUUUUCGAGUGCGCUCUGAGAUUGUUUGCGUAAUCGUUUUUGCUUCCUCGUGUAUUUUUUCGAGAUUUGACCAAAUCUCUUGAGCAUAAUUUAACUUAUUUUGACUGACGAUCGGUUAUAUCGAAUUCAAGGUCAUUAUUAAGGUAUCUUUACUAUUUUCUAUUACCUAUUUGUCUAAUAAGACUAGGUAACCAGAAUGCAGAAG